UUUAAUAUGAGUAAUUUGAAAUGGGUUUGAAAAUAUUGCCUUAAUGUUUCUCUACACCUCCGUUUGUCUUCCUGUCUUAUACGUAAUCAUAUCCUCAGCUUUAACGCGCUUUGCCCGUCCUGACUACACGUCCCAUGAUGCAGUUCGGCGCGCUUUCAGAUAUUUUACAUACGGGAUCAGCUGAGCUCGCGCUUCGCUCCUGCGAGCUCCCAGCGGCUCUGGGUCGGAGUGGCUCGGGUCGGCUCGGCUCGCCGUCCGUCUGUCCGUCUGUCGUCGGGCUUGGACAUCAUUUUAAACCCCUCUCAGCGCCUGGAAGGGGACAUUUUUCAAACUAAAUCCGGAAGAAUGUGACACACAAUUGGAUUUCUCCUUGUUUCCACCUCCGGUAGCGCUUACGUUUCUUCCGAUGGAGCGGAUGAUUUGGAGAGAGUUUGUCCGGUAAUUGGGUCCAUCGGCUCGGUUCGGACUUCACCUGGACUGCAGGGGGAACCUUAAGUGGUUCGGGGAGACCUUUAACCCCCCUCCGUCGAGAGGGUGAUACUAUGUCCAGACGAAAACAAACCAACCCCUUCAAAGUUGACUGGCCAUUCCACACUUUGGGCUUAUCUGGACUCCAGCACACCAUUAACAUGGACGGCAGGGAUGAAUUCACCGAGGAUGGCGAAUGCUGCAACAACAACUCGCAAGAAGUCCAAGGACAGGAUAGCCUCACAGAAGACAGCGAUAGCGACCCCGACAACCACGGCGAAGACUCGUCCUCCAACGCGUCUGCUGACGACCACAUGACUGCCAACCGAGCGCAGUGCCGCCUUCAAGGGGCGGGUGUCAAAGUGGAGAGUGACGAGGGGGCUGACCACGGCAACAACUUUGUCUGUCCUCUGUGCACGCUGGAUUUCAGCAGCCCUGAGAGACUCAUUUCACAUGUCUACCAGCAUACAAGCAUGAUGAGCAACACCAAGAGCUACGUGUGCCCGGUGUGUGGGCGAGCCCUGAGUUCUCCUGGCUCGCUUGGACGGCAUCUUCUCAUCCACUCUGAGGACCGCCUCUCCAACUGCGCCGUCUGUGGCGCACGCUUCACAGACACCAACAACUUUAACAGGGAAAAGCUAAAAGAUGUCCUCGACACAAGCAGGAUUGACAUCACUGGUGGACGGGAAUCCUGCUCCAUGUCCCACUCCCUCUCCAGCAGCCCCAUGAGCAGCCCGGGCUCCAGCACGCACUCCUGCCACGGAGCGGGUCCCAGUCCCAGUUCCUGUCAGGGCCCGCCUCCCUGCCAGGCUCCCGAUCCGACAUCCACCCUCUGUCAGGCCCAUCGCUCCUGCCAGGCCUCCAGCCACAUCCCAAACCAGUGUCAAGGACCCCGGCCGUGCCACGCGUUAAGCCCAGGUUGUGGACCUUGCUCGGGGUCCGAACAAGGACCCGCCUUUCCUUCGCUGCCCGACGGGCUCCUGUCUGAAGGUCCGUCGCUCGCGUCCAUCCCUGACGCCCUCAACUCCUCCUCCUCAGCCCUUCCUCCCAUUCCCGACAUCAUGAGCCCGAUGCCCGUCUACCCCGCCGGAGUCCUGCUGGUGUGCAACAGCUGCGUGGCCUACCAGCAGCUGGUGGAGGCGCAGUCUCCGAUGCGGAAGUGGGCCCUGCGUCGCAAGAACGAGCCCCUGGAGGCUCGCCUGCAGCGUUUGGAGCGCGAACGCACCGCAAAGAAGAACAAGCGCGCCUGCGAGACGGACGAGGAGAAGGAGCUGAGGCGGCUGCGAGACCGCGAGGCCAAGCGCAUGCAGAGGAUGCAGGAGACGGAGGAGCAGAGGGCGCGGCGGCUGCAGAGAGACCGGGAGGCCAUGCGGCUAAAGAGGGCCAACGAGACUCCGGAGAAGAGGCAGGCCCGGCUGAUCCGCGAGAGGGAGGCCAAGCGGAUCAAGCGGCGGCUGGAGAAGAUUGACCCCGCCCUCAGGACACAGAUCGAGCACGAUCCCGCCGCAAUGGCCGCUCUCACAGCGGACAUGAGUCUCUUUCAGUUCCCCUGUCCCAUGCCGGUUCCUUCCAUAGAUAAUGGUCUCUUCAUGAAGCUGCCAUGAUCCCUGGGGACCCUAUAAAAACUCCCCCCAGCCAUCAGGUUCCCAUUACCACAGCGAACCAUUCCUGUCCUACUCUUGCUAUACUAUUCCUUUGUAUUCAUGCAAACUUCUUCGAUUUCUAAUUUAUUACAGUCUAUUAAACCUUGGAAACAGGGUUGAGAAUGUUUCUUAUUCUAAGAGCAUGCUGUAAAGAGAUUUAUCCGUGUUUCAGUGGACUCUCAGAGGUAAUAGUACAUUCUGGUGGGAGCAGUUAUUCUUGCUUCAACUGACAAACAAAACAAAACAAAACAAAUCAUUUGCACAUGGAUCCUCAGUGAGGGGAGCGUGGACCCUGUCGCUGCAGACCCUCUCUCCCUGGUCCUCCCAGCCCAGUAACUCAGACUCCGGUAGCUGCGCCUCUCUCUGUUUCCUAGCUGCUACCGUGGAACAUUCAUGUGAAAACUACUACCUCAUCCGGCGCCGUGGACGGUCGCUCUCUGUCCUGUGGCUUACCAGCUCCAAGCUUCCAAAGCUACACACACACUAUACAAUACUACAGAAGACGCAGGUCGUUUCCCCACACUUUUAAGUUUUGAUAUUCCUCUUUAUGGCACUUUAAUAGGACACAUGCAUUCACUUGUGAAUGAUUGUCCCUAUUGAGCGUGCCCCGUGUUGAAAAGCAUUCCUGUCGUAAUUAUCUUCAUUCAUGUCGUCUUUUUUUUUUUUUUUAUAAACACUGUGUGUAAUUUAUUGUUUUUUAAAAACUCAGUCUCUGCUGCUGUUAUUGUACUGUACACUACAUUAUUUACCUCUUAUAUAUUUUGGUCUCAUUACAUGGAAAAAGAAAACCCAACAUGUUACCUGUUGACCUCUGAUUUUGUCGCAUUACUUGAAUUCUGUCUACGAAGAAGCAUUUGUGUUUUAUGCUAAUUGGUAAACAUGUUAGUGUUGUAUAGAAAGUCAUGCUUCAUUUUAACCUGCUUUGUGCAAUUCCUGUAGCAUUCACAUUCUCCGUGAGUCUGCAGUAUCUUAUGUUAUUAUUACCACUUAAAUUUUUAUAUAUAUUUUUUUUUACAUCCACACGUCUGGAGAAAAAAAAAAGUCAUGUUAAGAGGUGAGAAUCAUUUACAGGUAUAUCUAAAUAAAAAAAAAUAGGAUGUAGUUUGAAUGUUAAUUUAUUUCAAUUAUCUAAUUCAAGAGUUGGAUUCAUAACAGAGUGAUAUAUUUCAAGUUUUCGGUGAGGUGGCACUAGAACUGCUGACCAUCCACUAUCUCCCUCAAACUUUUAAAAGUAUUUCUAAAUCCUCUCAAGGUUGUGGCUAUAAUUACUGCUUUUUUUUCUCCCACAUUUUUUCCUUCCACUCAAUUUUCCAUUAUUGUGCUAGAAUACAGUUAUUAGCUACUUAAUCUUUUGUGUCUUAGUUAUCCAAAUUAAUUAAACUAAAUGCUUGAUAUAACUCAUUUUUAAUUCCUGACAUAAAUGAAUUGCUCAAUAACAAUCUACCUUAUUGAGAUAUACCUGCAUGAUGCAGUCCACCCCUUUGUUAGCACUGAGGCUUGUUUAUUUCCAGGAUGUGUUUUUAUAUUACUGAUCCUCAUUCCAGCACAUAUUUAUGCAACAUGAUAUUUUGUUUUCUUGUAAAAGUGUUUGCCGUAUUUUGCUGGUAUAAUCUCUUUCAUAUUUACGUUAGAGGCCAAGUUUGCAUCAUCCCCGCGUUGUUUACAGCUGUACUGUUACUUCCACUCCUCUUGAUUUCUCUAGAUGCAAAACUUUUCAUCGUCAAACAAGCAGUUUCAGUCUCUCCAAGUAGUGUUUCUGUUUGAGUCACUCCUAGAAGAGCGCCGUCCUGCCUAAAGAAAGCAUGAGACGCGGAUCUGGGUCGGGACUUUUGGCUUUCCUAGGCGUGCAUCAAACUUCUAUGCAACAGAUUUAUUGUUUGUGAAGGAAAACGAUUUCACUUCUCAAAGAAACUAUGCAGAACGCAACUUCAAAAUGUUUCAUCGAAAUUCAGAAUCAGAAGCUCUGCUUUCUCAGGCAGUUCAACUCAGUGAGAGGGCCCAGAGCCCAGAACGUCAAGAUUAAUUCAUAAACCGAUCGCAUCACGUUUGGGGGAGAAUACGUUACAUCGGUUUUAUUUUUCAAAGUUCAGCACAUUAAAGCAACAAGAUCUCACUGCCAUCCCGUAGUGACGUUCUCUGCUGAAAGCGAAGGCUUCAGGUUUUGUCUCAGCCUAUGAAUACUGGGUAUUUUCAGAGGUGACGCCGUCAGUCUGCUGUGAACCAGCAGCAGGACGACUGCGGACUCUGGGGUGUCACUUUGUCCUUUGGAGCAGUUCGCUCACUUUGGUUUAGGUUAACACUGCAUGUCCCUGAAACUGCACUAGUACUAGAGUUGUUCAGUAUGAGCCUGUGUUCUGUUAGUUUAUGCCUGCUUUUUAUUUAUUUAUUGUUUUUAAACAGUUUAAUUUUUUUUUUUAAAGUUUAAAAUGUUGGCCUUUUGAUAUUAAUGCUAUCAGGAUUUUUCUCUCAAUGUCCAUGUUUACAAAAUCUGUAUCUCUGAAAAAGGCCAAAUGAAUGAGCUAAACUGCAACAACAUGCCUGGUUGUCACAUCAAUGUAUCCUGACUGGAUGGCCCUUCAGGGACACCGUCCUCUGUUACUGACUCAAAAGAUGUACAGACCAUAACGAAACCUGGUAAAGAAUGUGGAAAUAAACAUCAAGUUUAAUAUAGA